AUGGCGACCGGAGUGGAUGCGAAGCUCCUCAAGAGCACCAAGUUCCCCCCAGAGUUCAGCCAGAAGGUUGACAUGACCAAGGUCAACCUGCAGGUCAUGAAGAAGUGGAUAGCGGGAAAGAUCUCGGAAAUCUUGGGCAGUGAGGAUGACGUGGUCAUUGAGCUAUGUUUUAACCUCAUCGAGGGGUCUCGAUACCCCGACAUCAAGUCUCUCCAGAUCCAGCUCACCGGGUUUCUCGACAAAGAUACGGCACCGUUCUGCAAGGAGCUGUGGAACCUCUGUCUCAGUGCCCAGGCCAGCCCUCAAGGCGUGCCCAAGGAGCUGUUGGAGGCGAAGAAAAUGGAGCUAAUACAAGAGAAGAUCGAGGCCGACAAAGCUGCCGAAGAAGCCCGCAGGAGACGAGAAGAGCUUGAGGCCCGCCGUGGCCGGGGGGGUGGCCGUGUCGACAGCUAUCGUGGUGGACGAGGUGACCGAGACACAUACCGUGGCGGGGGCCGAGGCUUUGGACGGGGUCGCAGUCCUUCACGUUCACCCCCUCCGCCCAGGCGAGGAGCUCGCGAUAAUUACCGCGGGCCCACCCGUGGGCGCGAUUCGUAUGUUCCUGGCGAUCGACGCCCUACGUGGCGACGGUCGCCCUCGAAGGACUCGCCACCGCCUCGUUCCCGCUCUCGCUCGUCCAGUGUGUCAGGCAGUCGACGACCGAGAAGACGCAACUCCUCGUCCCCGGAUGUACGCAGGAGGUCGCGGUCACCAUUGCCCCGGGAGAACAACUACCGCCCUCGCAGGCGCUCCCCGUCCUCAGACAGGAACUCGCCUGCGCCAAAACGCCGACGUUACUCGUCGUCUCGAAGCCGCUCACCUGUCAGGCGGCGGAGGCGCGGCAGAUCACUCUCGUCAUCUGGCUCGGACAGGCGGUCUCCGUCACGUUCACGAAGCCCGCCCCGGGGACGCCACAGGGAUAGCCGGAGCCGGAGCGGCUCCCCCGGCGGUAGUCGCCGGGUCCGAGGUCGAGGAAGACGCGAGCUAAGUCGUAGCAGGUCUCCGUUCGAUUCUCCGCGCGACUCCCGGCGCUUGUCGAGGUACCGAAGCAGAAGCAGAAGCUCGAGUCGUGGUGGGAGAGGGGGAAGCAAGAGAAGCCCGCGGAAACAUAACACAUCCUCCAUCUCAUCCAAAGACCGUUCGCGAGACAACUCGGCUGAUGUUUCCGAAGACGAGAACAGAAGACCCAGACCCAAGUCCCCUGCCGAAGAUGACAACAACGAGCCCAAGACGACGACAGCGACAGACGCCUCAUCGAAGCCCAAGCAGAAGACAACGCAGCAGAGGGCUACUGAACUGAAAGAGAAGCUGCUCAGGGAGCGGCUGAUCAAGCUGAGGAGAUCCUCAAAGAGCGGACCGAGCAAUGUCUGA